UCUCUGGUCAGCAGACAGUUCAGGAUACAGAUUCUCCAAGGAUGAAUGUUCACCGUGUCAGUGAUGGUGACAGGUUAUUGCGGCAGGAGGCCAGCCGCCUAGUGGAUGAUGCUUCAACUGCAACUCAAGAAAAAGAUGCAAGUAGCCUGGCUUCAUCUGGUCUUCAAAAUCUUACUUAUCCCCUAGGUCCCAGGAGUGAUGAACUUUCACUUGACUAUGCCUCCCAGCCAGCAAAUCUUCAGUUCUCUCACAUGAUGCUGCUUCCCGAAGACAUCAAAGGCUCUUGCUUCUCACCUGGGACUAAACGGAACCAUGAACCCUUUAUUGCUCCAGAACGAUUUGGAAACAGCAGUGUGGGCUUUGGCAGUAACUCCCAUUCCCAAGCACCAGAGAAAGUCACACUUCUUGUAGAUGGCACACGUUUUGUUGUGAAUCCACAAAUUUUCACUGCUCAUCCUGAUACCAUGUUGGGAAGGAUGUUUGGACCAGGAAGAGAGUACAACUUCACAAGGCCCAAUGAAAAGGGCGAGUAUGAGAUUGCUGAAGGAAUCAGUGCAACAGUGUUUCGCACAGUGCUGGAUUAUUAUAAAACUGGCAUCAUCAAUUGUCCUGAUGGCAUCUCUAUUGCAGACCUUAGAGAUACAUGUGAUUAUCUCUGCAUUAACUUUGACUUCAACACCAUCAGGUGUCAAGACCUGAGUGCGUUACUGCAUGAACUCUCUAAUGAUGGUGCUCACAAGCAGUUUGAUCACUACCUCGAAGAGCUGAUCCUUCCCAUCAUGGUGGGCUGUGCCAAGAAAGGCGAGCGAGAGUGCCACAUUGUUGUGCUGACAGAUGAGGAUUCUGUGGACUGGGAUGAAGACCACCCCCCACCCAUGGGGGAAGAAUAUUCCCAAAUUCUGUAUAGCUCCAAACUGUACAGAUUCUUCAAAUACAUUGAGAAUCGAGAUGUUGCAAAAACAGUGUUGAAGGAACGGGGCCUGAAAAACAUUCGCAUUGGAAUUGAAGGUUAUCCUACCUGUAAAGAAAAGAUUAAGAGAAGACCUGGUGGCCGGUCUGAAGUCAUCUACAAUUAUGUGCAGCGCCCCUUUAUCCAGAUGUCAUGGGAAAAGGAAGAAGGCAAGAGUCGCCAUGUGGAUUUCCAGUGUGUUCGAAGCAAAUCCUUAACUAAUUUGGUAGCUGCUGGAGAGGAUGUUUUGGAGGACCAGGAGAUAAUAAUGCACCACCCACCCCAAGUGGAUGAACUUGAUCGGCUGAAUGCCCCACUGUCUCAGAUGGAGUCUAAUGACUUUCAGGAGUAGGGCCAGCUGUGGGUCCCCUCCUUUCUAGAGCUUUUCCUCUGGACUGCCCACACCCAGUCCUUCCCAGGGUUUGUCUCAUUCUGAGAAGGGGAUGUAUUUCUCCCCCAUCCUUUCCCUUUCUCCCAUAAUUAAUGUGUCCUUUUCCAUAAGUGCAUACCUCCAGCAGGAGGUGAAAAAGGACUAGUAAGCAAGCUACCAACUUUGUAGCAACCCUGAGAACUUGAAAAUUUUGUGUCUGGUGCUGUUCAUUGAGUCUGUAACUGCAAAAGCAGGAAGGGAAAUCAAGGCUCCUGUUGCCUCAUAUUCAGCAAAACAGUCCUUUGUCCUUAACACCCAGUUGUUGAUUUUUGUUAGUUUUGUUUUAUACCAGGCAAAUCACUUAGCAACAAAGGGACCAAACU